AUGGACCUGAGCGUGAGCCCGCCCACGCACGACGCCCCCGCGGUGACGCUGUUCGGCAGCACCGGCGGCGUCGGCGCGAGGCCGGGCCCGCCGGUGAAAACCCGCGGCGGCGUCGGAGGCGCGGACGCGGAGGCGCACGCGCUCGCGGCGACGGCGGACGAUUUCGCCGCGACGGAGGAGAAGAGGACGGAGACGGAGCGCGAGACGAGGAAGGACGUCCUCGGGGAACUGCGAGCGCUCGAGAAGGAGAUCGAGAGGGACGACUGGAAGUUCGAGAGGCCGCGGCAUUCGCGGUGUUGA